UUUCGCUUUGAGUUUAUUUUACUGAUUAAGUAUUAUUUUAUUACAAGUUACAGCUUUUACAGUAAGGAAGAUUACUGUUUAGAAACAGGUAGAACGAUUUGAUCAGUAGUGUGAUCAUGAUUGCAAUGUUCCAAACAUCGCCCUAAUGUAAAAGCUGUAACUUCUAAUAAAAUAAUACAUAAACUUUUGUUUGCCUAUGAUAUUAAAAUGCAAUGGAAUAAACAUCAGAUCAUUUGAAAAAUAGUAAAAAUGUGUUAUUGUAAUGUAAACUGUUUCAGAACUCAAUUUUAGUAUGAGGUGGGGUCUGUGGGCAUACAUCCCAAGAAAUUUUAUUUAUAUUGAAUGAAAAAAAAUGAAUAAGUAAUUGAGAAUUUGCAAGUGUUCCCUUGUUGCAUCGUCACAUUCUGAUUUCUACAGUUAGAUUACAAGUUCUUAACGAAGCAAGGUACCAACCUCAAUGGGGAUGUCAUCAUACAAGAAAUCUAGUCAUAUCAAAAAACUUAAAAUUGAUAAAGUUUCAGAAUGUAUUCUUGGAAAGCAAACAAUCUCCUUGUCUUCAUCGAGAAGUUACAGUUCAGCUGGAAUACUGAUGGUUUCUGAAGAAGGGUUUCAGACAUUACCAGAUUGUAAUAUUACUUUAAUCGCUCCUUUUGAUCAUAGAAUUGUUAUAAGCUUUCGAAAAAUUAAUUUACGGAAAGAAAAUGGUGAAUGUUUAGAUUACUUAAAGAUCUGGACUUCAAAGUAUUCACCUAUCAUGAAAUGUGGGAAUUACAAAUAUUCGAAAGAACAGUUGUCGUUCCAGAGUUCAGGAAACACCUUGUCGAUGGUUUAUCACACCGACAAAAAAUUUUCGUUUGGUGAAAUUGGUUUUAGUUUGACUUUUACAGCGUGUUUUUACAGAGGUUACAGUAGUACGUGUAAAAACAGCAACAACUUUCAAUGUGACAACUUGUGCUGUAUUUACGAUGGUCUCAAAUGUGACGGUCAUAAUAAUUGUGGUGAUUCGAGUGAUGAAUCACCUUCUGGUAAUUCAUAUUGCAAAGUAUUAACAGCAGGAGAGGUAGCAGGAAUUGCCCUAGGAGCCAUUGUAGCAGUGAUCAUUGUGUUUGCAACGGUUGUAAUCUGCCGCAGAAAGCGGAGGACAACACUGUCCUAUAUACGAACACCAACUGUUUGUACAGCACCACCUCCGUAUACAUCUACGAGUUCGUCUUACCCAUAUAAUUCCAAUGUAUACCCUUAUGAUUACACAAAUCACCAAAUGCCCCCUAGCUAUGAAGCUAUGGGGUAUGCAGUGCACUCUUCAAAUGGUGGAAUAUCAAAUCCCAUGUACUCUGUUAACAGUACUGAUCCGACAAAACUGACAACUUAGAAACAGUAAUAUUGAUAACAUUAACUUUGCCAAAUGAUAUUGAACCAUAAAGUAGUGUUGAUCGACAUAUGUUCUAUUUAAACCUUAAUUCCUCAUUUUAACAAAAUAUUAAGUCGUCAAGAAAUUAUUUUCACUUUUUUUGAUGAAAAAAUCCGAACAACUUGUAUAUCAAAACAAAGUAUUUAUUAAAUGAAAUAGUCUCCAUUC